GAUGAUUGAAUCUCAAUCGAAUCAUUCGAAUGAUCAAUCGAAUCUGCCUCAUUUUUUGGUAGCCAACAACCACAACAUCCUCGACCAUCCAUUAUCCCUGCUGUCGCCGUUGUCUCUGUUGACCUUCUUGGACUCUCCAAAGAGAGAGAAACCGAUGUGUUCAGCAGCAGCUCAGGAUGUCACAUUACUGCCAGCAGAAGAGAGCUCUAAGGGCCAGUAUCAAUAGUCUUGCCAUCUUGCAUCACACUUUACUCAUAGAGUCGAGACUUGCGUCGUCGCCGUCAAAUCUGUUGGCAAGACGGUGGCUGUCCAUUGCCAGUACAGAUGCCACAAAUAGUAGUACUACCAGUACAUCCAUUGUGAAGAAGAGAAAAAGAAGAAGACCCAAGUCGCUAUCAUCCCUUCCCAGUACUCCCUCUACAACGCGAGAUCGAAUUCGAUGGCUCCAAGAUUACAAUCAAGUGCUGAAUGAUGGAUACUACAGCCAGCGGAGAUUGACUCGACAACUCGAUGAUUUCGGCCAAGUGGCAAACGAACGAAUUGACUUUGUCCGAAGCAAACUCUUGUCGUUUUGGGGAGACGCUAGUCCUACUGCUGCCAGCACUACCAGUAGUAGCAGCAGCUCGACUACUUCCACUCGUCGUCCCCCCAAGAGCGAGUUGAAAAUGGACGGCAAAUGGUGGUUUUGGAAUCUGGCAUUUGCGUCGAUACCCGCCAUUCUCAUUGCGGCCUAUUGCGAAUUGAUUGCCAAACCGGAAAUGAUGGAAUACAACCGACAAAUGCACGUGGCCGCCAAACGAGAACAAGAUCGGUAUUACAAUCCCGAACAGGAUGAGGAGUUGAAACAAAUCAUGAGAGAAGCCGAACAACAGUUGGGUACCAGACUCUACAAUGCCGUCUUGGAGCUCUCCAGUUAUUUGGUGGAACAAAUCAAAGUGUUGAUACAACAACAACAACAAGAGACAGUGCCAUUGUCGGUUCCGGGGGGUGAUGCAGCGCAAACACAUGCUGCUGCACUCGAAACAAGCAGUGCUGUUACCAAAAGGGACAUGUCUGCUACUACUGAUAAGGAUGCCGAAGCUUCGAUUGCAGAAUUGAAACAGAGAUUGCAAGAAUUGGAACAACGUCUCACCAAACAGCAACCACAACAAAAAGAGGACACAUCCAAAACCAAUAAGUCACAACAAUCCCCACUAGUAUCACCAAAAAGUCGAAUUCAAGCCAGAGUCAUGCAAAAGAGGAGGGAAGAAUUGUCCAGCAACAACAUCGAUGAUAAUAGCAACUCGGCUCUUACUGAUGAUCAGACGGCAAAGGACGCUGACGAUGGAACAGACAAGCAGCCAAGUGUAUGGUGGGGACGGAGCCUGAUGAGCACAAUUUCAAACCCAUUCGCGACAAGAGAGAGCGUAUCGCCGCCAUCUUCUCCCCAGACAUCAUCGCAGGAGGAGCGCCCAUCGUCAACAUUAGUAGUGGAUCCGAAAGCCAAGGAAACUUGUAAAAUUCAGACGGAUCGAGCCACUUUGACGUUGCCAAACAAUGGAGUUGAUACAAACAAAGAAGCAACCUCUUCAACAGCAUCAACGACAUCUGCGGUACCGUAUACCACCAAUGACCAUGAUACAAAAGCACCAGAGACUGUUUCUGAAGACUCGCGCAGCUGGUGGUCAAGACUGUGGCCCACUUCUAAAUAAAAACAUGUUUAAAAGUGCUGCUCAAAAGGUGGAGGUAGUUGACUACUUAAACAGGAACAGCGAUUACAAACUAUACAAUUCACAAUACUUUCAAUAGCGGCCUCCUUUGUUGUGCCUGCCUGGACAUCUUGUGUGAAGAUAGUUCCUUCGGAAGUGGUCAGCCGACCAUAGCGGCAUCAAAUUGUCCAGGCCAGGCUUUUCUAUUCUUGGAACAUCAGGUUGUUGCCUCAUAAUGACAUCCUUUCUAUGGUUCCAAUGUCCUCACUCGUUUCCAAUGCGGUACUGAGAACAUGCAUGCACCAUACAUUGACAUGAUAAUUCUUGCCUUGACCAGUAUCACCACCGGCAAGCAAAGGCUGAGGUCGAUCCCUUGGCUGAAAGAAGCUAUCCGAGAAAUCUCCUUCAUCCGACUUGCCUCGUUUUCGUGAUUCAUUCGAUGCUUUUUAGUAGAGAACGCCACUUGCAAGCAGAAAACCACAUGCAAGCAGCGAUAUUGCAGAUAGCACAAUGGACGUUCCCUGUGCGCCCGACGUCGACGCAUUUUCAUUGAUAAUUGCAACAGCGACGCCUCCAAUGUUUGUGUUGUCUUCUCCGAUCUGACUUGUUUCGCCAUCGCUGCCACCGGGGCAACUCAAUUCAUCCAUCACCUCGUCAUCGACACAUUGUUCGUCAAAGCAUGCUUGACUGCCCUUGAACAUAUCAGUUACUGUUGCGCGUUCGUCCAUUGACCAACAGAGCGUUUGCCGAAAGUUGCUGGCAUUCAGAAAAAGCUCCGACAUGUCCAGCACCUUGCCGACGUUCCAACCAGACAGAUCUCUGUUGAAUAAAGUGGCGCCGCGAAACAUCCCGGAAAUGUCCUUGGCUCCUGAUACGUCCCACUCUGUGACAUCACCAUCAAAGCGAGUAGCCCCUUCAAACUGGGAGGAAAAGUCCUUCACUUCUAUUGUGUUCCAAGAGGAAAGCAAACCAAAGAAGAAAGCAGCACCGCGGAACUGACCGGCCAUGGAUUUCACUUUGGAGGUAUCCCAGCCCUCUAGGUCGUUGUUGAAGAACGAGCAUCCGUCGAACUGGUAGCUCAUAUCGGCAACUUUCUUUGUGUCCCAUCUCGAAAUGUCCGAGGUCCAACUGGAUGCCCCACGAAACAUGGCAGACAUGUCCUGCACGUUUUGCGUGUCAAAAUCAGACACAUCGCCUCGGAAAUUCUCACAACCGUCGAAAAAGCUGCUCAUGUCAUUGGCACUGC